AUGCGUUUUGCUCCUCGAUUACCCUCCGAACUAGGAAAACUAUCAAAUCAACACACACUAUCUCUAUAUCAUACCAGAAAAUUCCAUUCCACCAUGCCUCUAGUCGUCCCCGAGGUUAAUUCUGGCGAUAAGAACGAAUGGCUCAACAAGCUGGCCGGAAAGACGAUCACGGAGGGAACGAGUGAUGUUACUUCAUUUGCGAAGAAGGAUUUACCCGAGUCUCAUCGGAUUCUUAAACCUGGCGACAUGAGGACGAUGGAUUAUAAACCUGAACGGUUGAACGUACACUUGGAUGACAAGGGAACUGUUCAUGAUGUUAACUUCGGUUAA